AUGGAGAAUUUGAAACUUGCUCGUGGAAAGAAACGACGGGAUAUUGACGAUGAUCAGUUGUUUGUAUUUGGUUAUGCUUCACGUGUCUAUGCAAAUGAUGAGCGUGCUGAAUGGGUUGCGGAAGAAAGACAUUUGAUAGCCCAUCCAUCAGAUUCAGGCUUAUUAAUUGAUAGAUAUGACUGUCGGUUGUAUCUUUCUAAUAAAGAAACGAUGAAUAGUAUCACUAAAGGAAAUAGUGAAACUAGCACAUGUGAUUGUCCUGCGGAGAUGCUUGAGGAAGAAAUGUGUGAAGAAGAAAGAUAUAAAGAUAUGCAUGAAGAUAUCAGGAAAAUCCAGCAGGAAGAAGAGGAAAAACGCACACGAGUGAAAAUUGCAUUUAAUUAUGAUGAGGCAAAGAUGGAGAACAUCGGUGAUAGUGAUGAUGAGGAAACUGAUGAACCAUUUCAACCUCCAGGAAGUAUCAAACUUCCAUUAGGAAUGAAUUUGCCAGAUACAAUGAAAGAAAAUGCAGUAAUUGAACGUACAGCAACAUUUGUCGUUGCUCAAGGACCGCAGAUGGAAAUAGUCAUUAAAGCAAAACAGCGUGGGAAUCAAGAUCAGUUCGGUUUUCUCGAAUUUGAUCAUCCAUUAAAUGCCUACUACAAAUAUAUUUCGAAACUGAUACGAGAGAAAAAGUAUGAACCAAAGUUACAUAUUCCAAAGCGUUCAAAACAUGACAAAGAAGAAAAGAGUUCAAUCAAAGAACAUGAAAACGAAAAAGAAGAAAGCAUAGAUUGGGAUUCGGAUAGUGAUUUUGGAUCUGACAAUGGUGGAAGUUAUUUGCAUCCUCUACUAACUGGUGGAUCACAGAAAAGUAUUUCUAGUAACGACUUUCCAGUGAUGGGUCCGAAAACAAAAGAGGAAAAUGAUAUCACUUUUAAACCAAUACAAUUGAAAACUGGUUAUAAAUUGGGAAAGGCUGAUGAUAUGUAUUCUUCUUUAUUCAAAAAUUUAUCUGAUUUACUUGUCACACAAGGAAAGACAAUACAAAAUGUAAACAAAAAUAAGGAUUUGGAAAAAGGAGACUAUUAUGAAUGGUAUUUGGCUUUUUAUGGUGAACCACCCCCAAGCAAUGAACAGCCAAAUGUGAUACCUCCACCACCUGAUAUAAUGCCUACCAUAAAUAGCGCAGCUGGAUAUGUUGCUAAAUAUGGGAUGCAAGCAGAACAACUUUUGCUAGGGCGAAAUGAUCUCAAUAUCGGAUUUUUACAUGUGAAUGAUCCAUAUUAUGGUUAUUAUCACUCAAAAAUACGUUUUUUCCAGAAUUUGGAUAAAUGUUCUUCUCAGUCUCAGAUGAAACGAAGUUUAUAUUUGUUAUUGUUUGCAUCAUUAUGGCUUAGUGGUUUGAUGAUUAUUAUAGGAAAACUGGAAAGCGAAGAACUGUGUGAUAUUGAUAGUAGUAAAGAGCAAUCAGAGCCCAGCACAUCAGAAGGAUUGUCUACUGAGUUGCAAGUACCGUCAACAACUCAAUUAAAUCGGAAAAUGCGUCGUCGAGGUUUCCAUGACCCACCUUGUGCACAUGAUUUGCCGAUUCAGAAUGUUGCAGAAAUUGGGGUAGUUGACGUUGAUGUUCAGUUAACUAAGGUUCAUUCGUCACCAGCACUGUUGGAGAGUGUUGGAAAACAGGAAGAUGCAUCAGUAAAAAAGAUAGGAAUGGGUCCAAUUUCAUUCUCUUUGAAUAUACAGAAAACAGAUGAAAGAGUGCCAAAGAUAGCGAGUGCGGUAAAACUUGGAGUUGACGAUGAUGACGAAGAUGGUGAAGCGGAAGCUGUCGAUGUUCCUCCUGGUGUUCUCAGUAACCUUCCGCCCCCAGGUUUAACUAUACCACCUCCACCAGUCGCACCUAUACCUUUAUCUUCUGGACAGCUUGCAGUGGAAGGUUCAGCUGAGCUUCAGUCAGAGCGGAAAUUGAAAGCUCGAUUGUUUAUGGAAAAAAUCUUGAACGAGAAACGAGCUGCGAAGUUGAGAGCUCAUAAUGAAGAGCAAAUGAAACGUGAGAAUGAACUCCUGAGAAAGUAUGAAGAAACUCGUGGCAUUUCAGGGUCUUCAUCAUUGGCGAACAAAUCGAAUACUGGAAGUGCCAUGAAUGAAGUAGAGAUGAUAUUUUCUACAUCUGCCAUCGAUCAGCUUAUCAAUUCCCAGAUCGAUAAAGUGAUCACUGAAGCGUUAAAAGAAAGGCAAAUAUAA